AUGAAGCUCGCCAUGCCACCGCUCUAUGUAAGGGCGAGCGUCAUCUCAUCCUGUGUUGCCAUGCUCUUCGGCCUCGACACUGGCAGCAUCGGCCCCGUCACGACGAUGCCGUCGUUCGAAGCCACAUUUGGCCAUGUGUCGCCGACCAUGCACGGUGUCAUCGUCUCAUCGGUGCUCAUUCCCGGAGCCCUGACGGCCCUUGUCGCCGGUGUUCUCGCCGACCGCUUCGGCCACGUCCGCCUCUUCUCCCUCGGUGCUCUCAUUUACGCCGUCGGUGCUGCCCUGGAGUGUGCUGCCCCUGUCCUGGGCCUUUUCAUUUUCGGCCGCCUCGUCAAGGGUGUUGGCGAGGGUCUCUUUCUUAGCAACGUCUACGUCCAGGUCUCCGAGAUGGCCCCGGCACGAAGGCGCGGCGUCAUGACGGCGCUGCCCCAGUUUCUCAUCGUCACUGGUCUCGUUCUCGGUUUCUUCAUGUGCUACGGCACCGCCCGACUCGGGCCCUCGACCAUUGCCUGGCGUCUGCCCCUUGCCGUUGCCUCGGCCCUAGGCUUCGCGCUAUCGAGCACAUACUUCCUCGUGCCGCCCUCGCCGCGUUGGCUCCUCUCCAAAGGUCGUUUCGACGAGGCCCGCGCUGUUGCUGUGCGUCUCGGCCUCGACGAAGCUGAGCGAGCGGAUCUGCUCGACAAUCGCACUCAUGAGGUCGCCGCCCACGCCAAUGCCACACUACUCAACGAGCUGCAGCACACGGCGUCCCAAAUUUCGCGAGGCCUGGUCAGCGCCAUUCCGCAGCCGUACCCGCCUUUGGCUGCUUCAUCAUGGCCAUGCAGCAGUUCAGCGGCAUCGACGGCGUUCUCUACUACGCGCCCAUUCUUUUUGCCCAGGCUGGCAUUGACGGCGACGAGGCCACUUUUCCUCGCCUCAGGCGUCUCAGCCCUUGUCAUUCUCGCCGUCACCAUACCGGCCACCUUCCUCGCCGACAAAUGGGGCCGUCGCACCUCGAGUCUCGUCGGCGGCGUCGCCAUCUCGGCCAUCAUGCUCGUGAUGGGCUCGCUGUACGCCGCCGACGAGGUUCACGCUGACCGAGGUGCCGGCAAGUGGAUUGUCAUCGUCUCCAUCUUCCUGUUUGCCAUCGUUUACUCGGGUACCUGGCCAUCGGCUUUCGAACCUUUCUUGUUGAAAGUCUGCCGGCGACGACGAGGAGCAGCGCAUCCAGCCUCGCCCAGAGCGCCAACUGGGAAUGUCCCCUUUUCUCUCAUGCUUCCUCCCACACCGGACUGUCGCUGA